CUGGAGCCCUAUAUGGAUGAAAACUUUGUUUCAAGAGCCUUUGCCACCAUGGGAGAGCUUGUACUGAGUGUAAAAAUCAUUCGAAACAGGUUAACAGGGUAACUGUUUCUGUUUGUUCUCUGAGCGCAUUUGGACUGAAGCGUUGCUGUGGUCCUUCUAUAUCAGAGUGAAUUUUCCCUUUGAGAGUCUCACCAUUGCUGCCACCGGUAUGGGAAUAUUGAUCAGAGAAAUGGAGAGGGCACUGUUGGCUCUUCAGCCUUCCCUCAACAAACAAGGUUUGGUCCUCAUCCUGCAGUGCUCCAGCACUCAGUCAGAGUGGUGUAUGUAUCUCAUUCCAUCCCUCAGGGAAUUACACCUCCCCAGGCUUUGGUCACUAGUCUGUAGUGCAGCUAUGUGAUGCUAAUAGAGGUGGGAAGUCUGACUUGGAGCAAUAAGAGAACCUUUAGAGUUCAUUUGAAAUAAAAAUAGUGAUUUAUGCAGAAUAAAAGCAGUUUAAUUCUUAUCCAUUAUUCUUUUAAGUGUUGUAAUUUCAGUUUUCAGUAGUUUAAACUUGGGCGGGCAAAUUGAUGGUCAGUGAAAAUAGGAAGUAAACUGUAAACUAAACCAUUUUCUGUGUGCUUAUGUUGACCUGACUUAUGGUAAGUAGAGGUUAUCCCUUAACAUCCAGCUUCUCUUUGGUAGCUAAUAUUUAUACUUUAAAAAGAAACUGUUCUAUGUAUUUCAACUAUAGCAAAUUUCCUACCACUUAUCUAAAAUACAGUUUUCCUCAUCAAAUGUGUUUUAACUUUAUAACUUCUGUCUCUUCUCCUCUGUGUUGUAUGUUCAGAAUUCCAGCAGGCUAUUGCUUUGUAGAAUUUGCAGAUCUAGCUACUGCAGAGAAAUGUUUGCACAAAAUCAAUGGAAAACCACUUCCUGGUGCUACACCGGCGAAGCGAUUUAAAUUGAAUUAUGCAACAUAUGGAAAACAGCCUGAUAACAGUCCAGAAUAUUCCCUUUUUGUGGGAGACCUGACUCCUGACGUGGAUGAUGGGAUGUUAUAUGAAUUUUUUGUUAAAGUUUAUCCAUCAUGUAGAGGUGGAAAAGUUGUUUUGGACCAGGCAGGAGUAUCCAAAGGUUACGGGUUCGUGAAAUUCACAGAUGAACUGGAACAGAAGAGAGCACUGACAGAGUGUCAGGGAGCUGUGGGGUUGGGCUCUAAACCUGUACGCUUGAGUGUGGCUAUACCAAAAGCUAAUCGUAUGAAACCAAUGGAGUACAGUCAGAUGUACAACUAUAAUUACAACCAGUAUUACCAACAGUAUCACAACUACUACGCUCAGUGGGGGUACGACCAGAACACGGGCAGUUACAGCUACAGCUACCCCCAGUAUGGCUACACGCAGAGCACCAUGCAGACAUAUGAAGAAGUUGGUGAGGAUGCAUUGGAAGAUCCCACACCUCAGUUAGAUGUCCAUGAAGCAAACAAGCAGUUUAUGGAACAGAGUGAAGAGCUCUACGAUGCCUUGAUGGACUGUCAUUGGCAGCCUUUGGACACGGUCUCAUCAGAGAUCCCAGCCGUGUUGUAGCCUCAUUGCUGAGGCAUUGUGUCUGUGAGACAUCCUCCCAGUGUGCUCCGGACUGUUAUGCUGCCCUGGAUACUACAGUUGUGAGGGGUGGCCCUUUCCCCACCCAGGUACUUGGAGUACAGGAGGACUGUGGCCUUUCCUGUAGAGAACAAGUAUUGUAGGAGCAUCAUGGUAACCUUUAUUCAUGGUGAAAAUUAGAACUGCAACAGUUUUGUUCCUCUUGUCUUGAAAUGAACUCUUCAUACUUACUGAGAAGUGUAAUUUAUAAACUUUCAACAAGAUGGCACAGGAGAAAGACUCUACUCCAUCGUACAAUAAAAAGUUGGUCUUUUAAGUAAAAUUACCCUUUGCAUUUUGGUUCCUGCCCAUCUUUCUGCUUUGCUGCCCAUUCAACUGUCUUAAGUCAUUUGACCCAAUGCUCAUGAAUGUGUUAUUUCAAAAAAGAUCAUUGUUGGACACCACUAAAAUGUCUCAAAAUCUUUCCAGUGACUGGGUAUGGUUGCUGUAACUUGAGCAUGGGAUGAAAGCUUAUGUUGUGGUUAACUCAAGCUGUGAUCUUGAGCUUGCAAGUUUGAUGUUCUUAAGCAAUCAACCCAAAGAGCACUUUGGAGAGCAAAGACAGAAAGAAGUGUUAUAAAGCUUUUACCUGGUGAUGUCUUGCACACCUGGCCUGCUUUUCUACCUAUGUAUGCGGAAAUAAUUCCCCAUGAACCAUCAAUUUAUAACACUUUUUCCAGCAACCAUAUUUAAAUGUUAUUUUGUGUAUCAUGCCUUUAUGUUUUUUUUAUUGUGGACACACCUUGAUGGUCUCUUUGAGAUGUUGAGAUUUUGUAGUGUCUUCCACUACUGGACUAGUGUCCAGUCAGAGUGAAACUGAGGAUCUGACAGCAAAAAUGGGUCAGACCAAUUGCAUUGAUAUGUUGUGCAACAAAUGGUUGUUAACCUGGAAAGCAGUUUUCUACUGGAUGUUGUAUAAGCUGGAUGGCCAAGCAAUAUAUUUAAGCUGAUAUGUUGCAUUAGAGGGGAAAGUGAAAAUACUAGCACUUAUAUACAUGUUAUAAGCCCUUUUUCAGGCUUUUGUGCCUUAAACUCUUGGAGAAAUAGGGACAGAGAAACUACUUGUAAUAAAUGUCUAUCCAAGGAAUAGUUUGGCAACUGAAAUUGCUACUGCAGAGCAUUUAGUUGCCUCCCUGCCCAUGUUGAUGCAGAGAUUUGCCACAAAAUUUAAAUACUUUGAUAAAGCUACUUCUACUACACCUUUGUUUGUGUCCAUAAUUAUGACAUAUUUGUCAGUCUGUGGUCUAUUUCAUAAACUGGAAGUGGGAUGUGAGGGGAAGGGUGAUGUGACUGGAGUUAGGUUAUUCCUGACAAGUGAGCUAAAGGACUGCUGGACUCCUGCGUUCUCAUCUGCUGUGAAUUUUCCUCGUGCUGUGCCCCUGACUGUGCUGCUGUCUCACCUCCAGCUGUUCUGAAUGUAAGGAAAGGAAUAUUCCCUGUGUAUGCCAGGAGUUUCAGAAGCAGCAGAAGUGGAAGAGAGCAGAGCUUUAUAUCCUCUGAUGUGGCGACUCAGCUCAAGACACCCCCUCUUCUUGGGAAGUUCAGCAGAGUGGCAUUGCAGAAGUGAUGUAAAGAAGGGCAUUUAAAACACUUUCUAGGUAAUUCUGUUACUGUGCCGCCCUGCGUGCCUUCUCUUCUCCUAUUUUGGACUUUUCCUACCCCUCACAAAUUUUAGCCUUUACAAUGUGGCCAUUCCAAUUUGCUCCAGGGGGUGAAGCUACAUUUAUUUAUCAAUAUAAAUUUAUUCUGCUGUUCUCAUCUGCCCAGCAUUGCUGUCUGUGGAGUAUUCCCUAAUGCCUGGAUAAAUUACUUCCAUACAAGUCUGUCUCUAGAGGAGAAAGGAGCAGGUUUUCAGGGAUCAGACAGCAACCCUGUGGGAAAAUCCUUUUGCUUUCUGCUUUUGUUUUUUGGUGAAAAGAAAAAUGGUAAAUAUUAAUCCAACCCGUCCUAACCCCUAAUUCCUGUGAGAGCUGAGCACGUACAGACCCUUGUGAGGACUAAUUUGGGAGUGCAGAAGCCAGCAGAGAUGACCUGUUGACUCCUGUUUACUGGUGCUGCAGAGCUUAAAAUAACUCCAGCUUUUGUUUCAGGAGAGAGGUUGAUGCGAGGCUCUGGGCCACGUUCCCUGGAAGUAUGAGCCAGACUGUUGGGGUUAUUUGGGAGAAUCUCAGCCAAGGUUGUGUGGAGCUGUUAAAUCGCUGCAUUGUUUUUUGUGGGGUGGUUUUUUUGGGGUUUUUUUUUUUUUGUUUUUGUUUUUUGGGUUUUUUUUUGUUUUUUUUUAAUAUCACUUACUUAUUUUAAUGUUAAUUUUCAGCUCCCAGCCAUUAUUGCUGUGUCUGAAGCACAGGAGAAACUUUUAUUUGGAACUACAAAACAGCCACCUCCUGGGAUUUGUAAGGUUUGCCUUUUGGAAUCCCAGUUAAAUAGAGUGUGGGAUUUUGUUUCUCCUGGAUGACUACAGGAAAAGUCCAUAUUAACUACCAUUUAGUGUUUCACAGGAUGAAAGACAAGGACUCCAUGUAGUAAAGUAAAUUCUGCUUUUGUCUCUUACGUGCUAAAGGCAAGAAGUCCAAGGCAGAUGAUAUCACAGCUCCCUGGGAUUACUAGAUACACCAAUUUCUGGAUUUAACUUGGGAUUUGCUUAACCAUCAAACUAAUUCAGUGGCAGGAUGGGGUAUGAAUUUGAAAUGCAGUAGCAGGAACUGAUAGAGCUGCUUCAGGAAAUGUCACUGAUAGAGUUCACUUUCCUUUUCUUGCUGGUUAGAGCAUUUUUUCAGAAAGUAUCUCAUUUUUUUCUUCCUUAGUUAUUUCAAGUAAAAAUGUUUUUUCCAAGUGCAGUCAGUUUUCAAGAAGGUGUGUGGGGUUCUGCUCAGCACACACUCAUUUUUCUCUGCCACAUGGUGGGAUUCUUGGGGUGUUCUGUGCAGUUCUGUUGGAUUUGAUGAUCAUGUGGAUCCUUUCUAAAUCAGAAUGUCGCAUGAUUCUAUCAUUCAAAGAUCAUGCCGCUGCUGCUGUAAAAUUUCUAGGGAAAAAGCAAUGGUGGAGAACACAGCUGGGAGAGAUUGAGAGCUGACCAUGGCCAAGACUUGCUUCAGCCCCUUGAUGUGUCCCAGGAAGCCAUAGGCACAACAAUCCACCUGGAUCACUAAUGCACACCUGCUUUUCCUUACUGAUAGUUUUCACAUUACUGUGCAUUGUCUGCUCCCAUCUGUGAGGUGGUGGGAACUGCAGCCUCUUCCAGCAUGUGCUCCCUGUCCUGUGCUGUGGAAGAGGCUGGUGAGAGAUUCUCAGGAGGUUUCAUCAGGGCUUCACUGACCAUGCACAUGCAGUGGGAUUUUCUCUGCCCCUCUUGGGUCUCCAUCCAUCUUGUCAUGGCAGGCUGAGGUCUGCUGUGCAUCCAGUGCUUUUCAUUGCUGCUCUCUGGGGAUUCUCCCAGUUCAGCAUUUGGAAGAGUCUCUUCCCAAGCAAUGUUUGCCAAGCUUUGAAUUUUUGGGGAAGGUUGAUGUUUUUUCCUACAGUAAUCUCCCAGGCUUUACUCUGCCCUAUGAUUUGACAUGAUUUUUAGGAUCACAUUGUAUCAGCGGCUGUGCCAAGGAGACUCCAGGGAUAGCCUCGUGACUUGGCGGAACAGCUGUGAGAUCCAUGGCGGAAGAGAAUGGGAGCAGCUGCUUGUACCUUGUCCCUGACAGCUUUGGCAAGGGCUGUCUUGCAGAGGAUUUGGCCACACAAAGUUUGGGGCUCACUCCCAGACUUAACCUUAAAUGGCUGAGGGUUUAUUUUGUUUCCGAUCUCCUGUGUUUGGAGAUAAUUACCAGCUCAAAAGGCCAUUACUGAACAUUGAGAAUUUUUUCAUCUGUUCAUUUGCUUAGAACAAAUUAAAACAUGACCAUACUUUUUGCCCUUUCUCCAGAACUUGGACAGGAAGCAGUCUCAGGCUUUUCCAGCUGAUUUCCUGCUAUGAUUGUGUGAUACAGUGCAGGGUGUUGCGGGGUGACUGUGGCAGGGGCACGACCGUCCCCUGCGAGCUCUGCAAUUCCCAGUUAUCGGCAGGGACACAGCAGGGACAGACAGCAGUGACACCGGUCUUGGGGUGGAACAGGAUGGAUUUAUCCCUGGGCUCCCAGACAAGACUGGGGCGGGGUGAACAGAAGUUUUUAUGGAGCAGCUCAGGAGUAGGGGUGUAGGAAAGUGAACCCACGAGGAUAUGGUAAGAGAGGAGUAUAAGGUGGGGCAAAUAGCUUAUGAGCCUAUCAGGGAAAAUGGUGGGGGGGGGGGAUAAUGCAAAGUAACUAGUGGGGUGUCGAAGGCAACAAGACAGACACAGAACUCUCUGGAGAAAGGGGCAGGGAUAGGGAGGAUUGGCAAUUUGGGAGGAGGUUAGGGAAGGGCUCGGGAAAUUUAGCAACUAGGGAAGAAAGGGGAUUAGGGAGAACAGGGACCAAACAUGGAUUCAAAGGAAAACACACCACAACAAUUGUGCCUUCAGCAUCAGCAUCUGUUCCAGCACUCCCUUCCGCCCCGUUGACAGGUGCUGCCGUUUUAAAUCCUUUCCACAGAUUAUGAAUCAUGAGCAAGGAGUCUUACAGAGGUAUUGUGUUGGCAAAGACGCUUCUGUUUCCAAGAUCCUUUUCUUCUAUUUCCCGAGGGUGGAGUGUUCCCCCCACCCCCCGUUCCAAAAGGGAGGAAGGAGUAGGGGAAAUGCAGCUGCUGAUUUCAUCUUUUCAAAGAACAACUCCUGAUGUGGACCUUGCAUGGAGAAGGAGAGAGAAAUUGUACUUGCCCCACCCGGAAUGGGGAGUCAUUUAGGUGGUGUGGGGGUGUGCAGCUGCUCCCAGUGCUAGUAGGAGUGGUGAAUCAUGGGAUCAUUAAAUAGUUUGGGCUGGGAGAGGGCUGAAAGCUCAUCUCAUCCCACCCGCUGCCAUGGGCAGGAACACCUGCUGUUAUAAAUUAUGACACGGGACCAAUUUGUGUAACUUUAUAAAGAGAAUUUUAUUAAUUUAGCAAGCAAGCAAAUACGGGCAAAUACAGCGCUGGGCGGCUGGGGAGUCUCUGCUCCACCAACUGGCUCGCACCAGUUCCUUAGCUCGGUCCUUCUUUAUACUGUAGCAUGUCCUGUUGACGUGACCUUCCAGAUGUACUCUGCGUGUGCUCCCUGUUGCUAGGGGGUCUUCUUCUGCCUCCUGGUGGUCGUCUGGAUGAAGGCUGGUGGUCUUCGUCCUUUAUCCUCUUCAUGACCUCUCCUUAUUUGGUGAGUUCUUUACUUCUUCCUGGAACUUAAGAUACCAUUACGCAAGCACGCAUACAUAUUGUUCUAAAGCUACAACUUCCCUGCCGUUCCAUCAACCAUGUCAAGCAAGCCCCGCCCCCGACUCUCACGCUCCACCAUGACUCAGCUCAGUGAAUAAACCAGACAUUUAUCCAUCACACCUGCCACUAGAGCAGGUUGUUCGGGAGUCUCGUUUAUUCUUUGGGAUGGGGUGGAGUGGGACGCUGGAAGGGGGAAAGGCAGGAAAAUGGCUGGGACUGUAGGCAGCGCGGCCUACAACUCCCAGAAGCCUCUGCGGGAGGGCCCGGAACCAGCGGCCAAUCGGAGCCCGCUCUAUCGCACUAUAAAAGGUGGCCGCUAACCAGUUUCCACCUCUUCCGGCCAUGGCGGCGAGCGGGGCAGGACGUGAAGAGGGCGUCGGGGACCAUCCACCGCCAUCCUUCGUCGCUGGGGCUCUCCUGCUACUCGGCUCCGCUGUAUCGGCGCCCUGUGGGCAUCGCGUCCGGUGGCCGCGCUUCGGUGCGCUUCCAAGGCUGCGAAGGGCAGCGCGGCCUUGCCCCCGCCCUCCUCCUCAGGCCGGGCCACGCCCGGGUUUACUUAAAGCUCAAGACACUCUUCUUCCCCAGCAUCAUCCUGGUGUAGCAGGUGGUCAUGGGGCAUGGGAUGGCUAGUGAUGGCCUCAACUUUGGGCAGGUAAGAUGGGUAGUCCAGGUUCUGGAGUCCUCAAUUGAGAGGCUGAGAAUUGGUUGGUUUUGUGGCCUCCCUGGACCAGAGUAGGAGCCAGCAGCGUUUCCUGCCCCUCUGCUAUUGGGCAGUGCCAGCAGGUGCUGUUCCAAGGCUAUGCAUCCUCCAUAGGGCUUGUCUUUGGGGCUGGGCCCUGCAAACUCCCUUAGUUCUUGCUCCAUCCAGAUCAUGGGCGAGAUAAGGGCAGUUCCUCUCUCUGGGGCUCACUGGAGGCAGAACUGGGAGUCAACCCUAAUACCGGAGCCAGUCAAUCACUCUGUCACAGACUUCACCAGAUAAACUCUGUGUUUACCUGCAUGUUUAUCCAAGACCUGUGGCUCCACACAGUAGCUGCAGGUCUCCAACAACGUGCCAGAGCAAUGGGAAGGUCUUUGACUGCUGGGCCUCUUCUGCCUGUGACUGUCACUCACCCCUCCAAUACAUUUUUGGGAAUUAAGCUGUUCCUUGGUUGGGGUUCCAGGGUGGAAUGAGUCAGAGAUGUGUCCACAAAAGUCUGUAGCCCACUGCUGAUAUUGGGGGUAUGUUGUGAUGUCUUCCAGAGGUCCUGGUUGUUCCAGAGCUCUCCAAAUCUGAUGGAUAAACCCAGGUGAGAGGGUAGUACCCUUGUUGGAUCUCCACAGCCCAUCCCUCCAAAUCCCUUUCCCAUCAGAUCUGAAUACCGAUCUUGUGGUCGAAAAAGGAGGAAGAGUAACAUUCAUGCUGGUCUUGGGCUCUCUGCAGGUGUGUCCUGUGCUGAGAGGGGCCACUCGGAAGACAGGCUGAACCAGCCUCACUAUUUUGGGAAUUUGUUGGGAAGGAAACUCCCAGUCAGGAGAGCAGUUAAACAUUGUGCACAGGGGGCAGACAUGCCAUGAGGGUUGGGAGCCUGGAAUUUGUUGGGCAUAUCUGAGCCAUAGAUUUAUAGUGACCCAUUGGCUUCAGGCACUAAACUCUGGCUCUUGUCUUUUCGCAAUAACUCUGUGGAAAAAGAUGAAAACCUGUGAGCACAGUCCCAAGGGCUUCAGCUUGCUUCCCAUAGGACCCGAGUUGCGGGAAAGCUGCAGUGUGGAACAUGUCUAAGCAGAGGGUGAGCCAUCUCUGAGGGACUUGGUGGUGCAGUGCCAGACUGUUCUUUCCCAGACCUCUCCUCCAGAAGUGGGAACUCUGCAGAGCCAGAUCCUCACUCCUUCCUGAGCUAUGAGCUCCACCAAGUGGGAGCAGCUGCUUCUGGGAUCCACUUACCUGCAGUGAGGGAGCUGGAACUGAUUUGGCUCCAGGUGUUGCUGGAGCUCCCAUUCAGAUGCUCCACAUUGAAGAGCAGUCUGUUCCAUGGAGUUUUCUCAGGAACAUGUCUGGAUAUUAAAUACUUGAUUAGAGCAGGGAGCCAGUAAUGCCAAGGUGGUGGGUUUGAUCCCUGUAUGGGUCAUUCACUUAAGAGCUGGACUUGGUGAUACAUGUGGGUCCCUUGCAACUUGAAAUAUUCUGUGUGUGGUAAGAGUUUGAAUAAAUGCAAUUACUUCAAA